UUCCUUAUGAUAAACAUUCGCAAUUUUUAAGUAUAAAUAACGCAGUCUCGUCACAACAACCGCAGACGGUUUCAAGUUUAUGCAAACAUGUGUUCGGCGAUUAUUUUAUUUUUGUUUGUUAUAAGCUCGGUCGUAGCCCACGACGUUAUAGUCAAUACUAAAUCCGGAAGAGUUAAAGGUGCUGUGGAACACUCCUUCAAUGGAACCAAGUACUUUGCAUUUCACACCAUUCGGUAUGCAAAAGCUCCUGUAGGUGCAUUGCGAUUUCAAGCGCCAGUACCUCCUGAUCCAUGGACCGACGUUUACGAUGCCACUACCGCAAACGGAGCGAUAUGCUAUCAAGUCAGCUUCGAUUUGACAAAUGAAACGGAAGAUUGUCUUUUUUUGAGCGUCUACUCUCCGAAUCCUUGGAAGAAAGAAAAAUAUCCGGUGGUUUUCCAUAUUCACGGAGGGGGUUUUUACUUUGGAUGGGCGGAUAUUUAUGGGCCAGGUUACUUCAUGGACUCUGCACGAGUUGUCGUAGUUAACAUAAAUUAUAGACUUGGACCUUUUGGUUUUUUGUCAACCCAAGAUGGCGUUUUCCCCGGAAACAUGGGCUUGAAAGACCAACUUUUGGCCCUAAAGUGGGUCCACGAAAAUAUCGCUGCUUUCGGUGGUGAUCCCGAUAGAGUUACCCUAAUGGGAGAAAGUUCCGGAGCCACAUCGGUUGACUAUCACAUCUUAAGUCCACGAUCUGCAGGGCUAUUUAGAGCGGCCGUGCUAUUGAGUGGAACUGCUAUCAGCUCGUGGGCCUCCAAGGUGGACCGAAGUGACGUCACAUUCGAUACUGCUAAAUUACUUAAUAGCUCCGAUUUUUACAAUGUGAAAGAUACCAGACAGUUAUUGUCCAAGUUGCAGAGGGCUGACGCGCGUGAAAUUGACGCCGCGUCUAAAGCUUACAAAGAUGGAUUCGACCAAAAUCGGAUAGUCAAACUCGCCGAACUGCAAGUAACCUACUACGCGGCUGUAGUUGAAAAACAUAAUAAUCAACCUUUUAUAACGGAGAGACCGUACGAGAGUUUCCUAAAAGGGCAUUACAAUAAAGUGCCGAUAUUUCUCGGAAUGGUUGACGAGGAAGGAUUGAUAGUGAUGAUUGACGACUACCUUUGGAUGCUCGACGAAUUCGAUAAGAAUAAUUCCCUCCUGGUAACGGAAACAUUUCACAUCAAAGAUCGGAGAAAACUUCGUAGGGUCGGUACACUUAUCAAGCAAGAAUAUUCACCCGAUACCUCUUUCCAACAAAACCACGUUGGUUCCGUUAAAUUUUACACGGAUCAGUGUUUUCAAAAAUCCAUACUUAAGCGUGCCUUCAUAGACGCCCCUCGAGUGCCCGUAUAUUUAUAUUUGUUCACCUACGAAGGUCAGAAGGAAUCCUUUCACGUAACUAUUCCAGGAGCUGACAACGUGAUGCAUAGCGAAGAUUUUGGAUAUCCUUGGGAAUUUGAUAAUUCAGUCAACUUUACAAAACAAGAUAAAUUGGUAAAAGAUAGAAUGAUAAGGAUACUGACAAAUUUCGCUACGUUUUUAGACCCAACACCGAAAGAAGAUCCACUACUUCAAUACGUAAGAUGGCCAACCAUUAAAAACGAUAGCAAUUAUCCUUAUCUAGAGAUUGGUACGGACUUAUCAAUAAAAAAGAACUACAAGCAAGACAAGUUCAAAUUUUGGGACAACCUGUUUCAUAAUUACGGAGAAGGACCCUUUGAAGUGUUUUAAAUUUCAAUUAAGUUACAUUAUAUAACAAUGCAUUAAAUAUACAUUUCUUCUUUAUUCA